AUGAAGUUCUCCGCCAUGCUCGUUUUCCCCGCCCUUGCUCUUGGAGCUGCCACGCCCAAGCUUCCGGUUUCUUCAAUCGACCCUGCCUGUCUUGAGAGCAUCACCAGCGCCGCCGACUGCAUCAAGAACCUCAAGCCCACCGGCGGUGCCGCUGCUCUCACUGAUAUCGCAACUUGUUUUGCCGAAAUUGUGGCUGGGGUCCAGAAGUGUAUCCCUGGUUUCCCUGGCGGUUUGCCUUCUGGUCUGCCCACUGGCCUUCCAACUGGUCUGCCUGUUCCUCUUCCCACUUCUCUCCCCGGUGGCCUUCCUGGAAAUGGUACACCUGGAGCUCCUGAGGUCCCUGGUAUCCCCGGGCUUCCCUAA